AUGUCUUCUACGAUUCUUAAUUUCGCUACAAAAUAUUCACUUUACAGCGGUUCUAUUAUAUGUUCAUUAGGAAUUGUAGGUAAUGUAAUAAAUAUUCUUGUUUUUACUCAAUUAAAAGUCUUUCGAGACAAUCGAUGUGCUUUCUAUUUAACUAUUGAAUCAAUUUUUAAUUUUCUCUAUAUGUUGUUUGGUAUUUCCGUCAAUAUUUUAAUAUCAAUAUAUGGAGAUGAUGAAACAGGACGUUCACUUAUCUGGUGUAAACUUAGAUAUAUCAUUGCUCAAACACUUACAAGUUGUUCAUUUACUAUGGUAUGUUGUACUGCAGCUGAUGAAUACUUUUCCACAAAUUACCGUUGUAAUUUAAGACAAACAUGUACAUUGAGAUUAGCUCGAUAUCUUACGUUUAUAUUGAUUUUUAUUUGGACUUGUCAUAGUAUUAUAUUUGGUUACUUUUCCAAUAUUAUGCCAUCAAUUGGGUGUACUAUAUCAAAUGAAAACUAUCGUCAAUAUGCAACAUUUUUCUUCUAUCCAGUUUUAGGUGGUGUUUUACCUAUUGUAAUCUCAUCAUUUUUUAGUAUGUUAGCUUAUCGUAAUGUUCGUCGAUUGGUUCGUCGACAAAUACCUAUUAUUCGUCGUCGAUUAGAUCGACAAAUAACAGCAAUGGUUCUGUUACGUAUCGUUGUCUUUAUUUGUCUGACAGCACCGUCUAUUAUUUAUCGUAUCUAUGCAAUAAAUACACCUGUUUUACGAAAUACAUCAGCACAAUAUGCCAUCGUUAGAUUAUUACAAAUAAUCGCUUUCUCUCUUCUUAAUUUAAAUCAUAUGAGUAGUUUCUAUGUUUUUAUCAUGUCAUCAGCACGUUUUCGCCAUCAAGUAAAAUAUUUUUUGAUAAAAAAAUGUUGGAAACAUAUUCGUUGUUGUCAUACGGAGAAUCUAAUUUCACCCGGAAAUGCACAAAUAUUUAAUUCAAAUAUAGAACAUGAACAAAAUAAUUAA